ACUGUCCUGCAGCAUGCUUGAAUGACCUCUUUGAAUUUAACUGCUACGCUCAACCGUUGUGGUUAUAAGUGUGUGUGUUUGUGGGUGUGUUUUGGAUCUGUGGACCUGUAUAAAAACAGAUUCACCGAGAGCUCAGUCCUUUUAGUUGCUGCUGCUGUAUGACUCGAGUGAGGCCAUCACAAGACUUCCUAUGAGUUUCAUAACUUGGUGAGCUACACUUUCAUUUAAAGAUUCAGACGAGUUGCGACGAAAUGCAUUUCCAGAUCAUAUUGCUAGGCAUGUGCUUAAUGUAUUUUGCCUGCUCCAAUGCCAUGCAAUGCGACUCCUGUGGCAAGGAGUGUGCCAACGCUUGCGGAACAAAAAAUGUUCGUACCUGUUGCUUCAACUACCUACGCAAACGCACCGAUCCCGAUGCACUGCGUCUUAGCUCCAAUAAACGGCUUAUAGACUUUAUAUUGUUGCAAGGACGCGCGCUCUUCACGCAGGAGCUGCGCGAGCGCCGCAAUAAUGGCACCCUAAUCGACCUGGACAUGGGCAACUACUAUGGCUGAAACAAAUCCUCUGAUCUAUCCAAGCGACAAUGACAACGAUGCGAAUGUUUGAAGUGUUAAUUUUUUAAUAAAAGGCGUAAAACUCUUUGGGGCAAAGUGC